GAAUAAUCUUACAAGACAUGUUUCCUCCACAAUAAAAGAGGAGUAGAAAACUAUUUUUUUCUUGAAAGACCAUGAUUCGUAUAAACCAUUUAAAUUUGAUCAAACCCUCCUAAAGAUUCAUCAAUCAAUUCUGUAAUCUGUGUUUCGAUCAUAUAAACCGAAAAAAAGUCAUUGGAGUUGAAAGAUAGAGAGGAGGAGACUAAUGGAUGGUUCAGGUCCAAGAGAAGGAGGAGGAGCUAUGAAACCAGCGAUUCUGAGAGUUUGUGUUGCUGUUGUUAUAUCAGCGACUGGUUUGAUUUUAGCAAGGUUUGUGUUUAGGAAAGAAGAUAAUGAGGUAACUUCACCUGCAAGCAAUCCGGAGUUCUCUUCAUCACCUGGAGGAAGAAACAACGAAGAAGAAGAAACAGAGAGCCUUGAUCACGAUAAGCAAGAGAUUCUCAGUUUAAAAUCCAAAUUCGAGGAGCUUCAGAAGAAAGGAUACGAGAUGGAGUUACGUUUCGAACAGUAUUGUAAUUUGAAAGAUCAAGAAGUAAUGCUUAUGGAGCAUAAAAGCAUGUUGAGUCUUGAGAAAUCUCAAUUAAAUUUCUUCCGUAAGGAAGUUUUGGCGAUGGAGGAAGAGCACAAGAGGAGACAAGAUUUGGUGAUUGUAUACCUCAAACUUGUGGGAGAGAUCCAAGAGUUGAGAUCAGAUAAUGGGUUGCUUGAGGGGAAAGCAAAGAAGCUCAGGAGAAGAUCUAAGCAGUUAUACCGCGUCGUAAACGAGAAAAGCAUGAGGUUUAUUGGCGUGGAGAAAGAGUUUUUAAAGUGUGUUGAUGAAUUAGAAACGACGAAUAACGUUGUGAAGAAACUGGAAGAUGAAGUUAAAGACCUAAAAGCUAACAUUGAUGUGUUGCAAGAGGAAAAGGAAGAUAUCUGCAGCAGAUUUUCAGAGGAAACAGAGAUGGUGAGUGUAGAAAGUUAUAGAAGGUUAUUAGAAGAAUACGAGGAAUUGAAGAAGGCUUAUGCGAUUGGAGUGAAGGAAGUGAUUAAUCUGAGAUGGAGCAAUGCUUGCUUAAGGCACGACGUGGUGAGAAAUGGAACCAAUUAUGGAGAAAAUAUGUUUUCUCCACCACAUCGAAAUUUGCAAGAGCUAAUGGAAAAUCAAGGGGAUGAUGCUCAGGCCCUAACAACAGCAGAUGUUCAUCAUGAAGAGGUUCAUAAUCAACAUCAUCAUCAUGAAGCUUCGAGGAGGAAGAGGCUGAUGAAGAAGCUGAAGAAAUGGGUUGAAGGAAACGAGAAGGGAAAAUCAAAAACAGAGGAAAGAUGUUUCGGGCGACAUUCUUUGACAGUGGAACCUGAGGAAGAAAUCAUAUUUCAUUCAAGAAGAUCAUGUUCUAGUGUGUAAUAGCCUUGAUUUACAAAUGCAUGAUAAAUGUUUCACCAUUUCUCCACAAUUACCGUAUUUAUUGAAACCAUUUAAGCAAAUUUUUU